UCCAAGUGGUUCAAUUCAAAUCAUCUGACGCCUUAUUAAGGAGAUUCACUUAUUACAAGUCCUUGUGAGGAGCACUGCACACUGUUGCUAACAAUUGAAGAUGUCUCUUCCGUUGUCAGUGCUGAUAUGUCUGUCAGCUAUCCAGCUGUGUAUGGGAGAUCAGCCUGUGGAGGAAGUCAUCACAGCAAAAAAAGUGCCUCUACUGGGCGGCUGGUUUGAAAGGAGUCCAGACUCAGCUGAGGUUCAGGAGGCAACUCAAUAUGCUGUGAAGAUGUUCAACACACACUCCAAGGGCAAGAAAAUGUUCAAACUGGUCACCAUCAACUCUGCUCAGACUCAGGUGACCAGCAUGAUCAACUUCAAGAUUGAUGCUAUCCUGGCAAAAACCAAGUGUCUCAAGAGUGAAAAUCAUGACUUGAACAGCUGCAGUCUUGAGAAAAAGCAUCUGAAGUGCCACUUUGAGGUGACUAUGAACCCCCGCAACAACAAACAUGAGCUGCAGAGACACAAGUGCAGGAAACUAGUGGAGAAGCAUCAGAGCUUAGAACUCACCUUCUGGGACCAUUUUCCAGUUGAUCCUGACAUAUUGGUCCCUAUCAUUCCUGGUAUGCUCAUGGUGAAAGCCCAGUAUGUGCAGGAGCUUAUUCUGAAUGAUCCCAUGAUGAAGGCAGCCAUACACAGAGAAAUCACCUGCUUCCUUCCAUCUUUGCCGAUGAACAGCUGCAUGAGUUCAGUCAGCCUGAUAGUCAAACCCUCCCAAAAAACAACGCUGGCAGGCGUGGGGGCAGUGGGGGUCACAGGAGGUGGUAGAGAUGCCACCUCAACAGAAUGCCAGCCUCUUCACCUCUUGGGGAAGAAGCUGAUCUGA